AUGGAAAAGGUACUCUCACAAGAACCAUUCACAAAGAUCCCAGUGAAGAAUGACAAGGCGAUAAGAUUUGUGACUUUCAACGUCAACGGAGUGAAAACUAUCUUUCACUACCACCCAUGGAACCACUUCAACAACGACUUGAACGCCAUGUUCAACUCGCUAAAUGCCGACAUCAUCACGUUGCAAGAGCUCAAACUCACAGCGUCGACGAUGAACACGAUGAAAAACAUCGGCCAUUUGCUGGAUUUUAGAUCUUUUAUCAGCCUACCGGCGAAAAAGAAAGGGUAUAGCGGGGUUGGAUUAUUUGUGCGAAUACCGAAAACCGAAGCGCAGAAAAAGGGGCUAACUGUGGUCAAGGCCGAAGAAGGCGUAACUGGGUGGUUGCGCAAUAGAGCGGGGAAACGGUACAGAGAUGGCGAUGGCGACGGCGAAAAUUCAAUUGGCGGAUACCUGGAGGAGAUCGCCGAGGAACAAGCGUUGGAGAUCGAUAGCGAGGGGCGAUGCGUCGUUGUUGAGUUGGCCAGCAACUGUGUCGUGUUUGCGUUAUAUUGUCCCGCAAACUCACUGGCGACGGAACAUGGUGAAAAAUUCCGACUCGACUUUUUGAGUUGUUUGCUCAAGCGGUGUCAUUACUUGAAAUUCCAUCUCAAAAAGGAUGUGGUCAUCAUGGGGGAUAUAAACGUGAGUUUGGACUUGAUAGAUAACGCGGAAGCCAUUAGCGAGCGGUUGGUGAACCAGCAAAUAACAGACAUAGCCGACGGCCACGCUUUUGAAGUUCAAAACUAUGAAGAAUGUUGCAAGUUUAAAGAAUCGCGAGAAUCUAGAAACUUGAUGAACAAGUACGUCUUUAGAAGCUUGUGGCAGCAAUUGCGCAGUUUCAAGAUCAAAAACCAUUUUUUGUAUGAUACAACCAGGUACAUACAAGGACGACGGAGAAACAUGUAUACAGUUUGGAACACAUUGACGAGUUCACGACUGGUUAAUUACGGGUCAAGGAUAGACUUGAUACUCUGCAGUUCCUACGGGAUGAUCUCGAGCAUUUCAAAAGCUGACAUCUGGCCCUUUAUUUUAGGUAGCGACCACUGCCCCGUGUUUACGGAUUUCGAUAUCCUAGACAAUGAUGAUAGCGAUGAGCAAAACACAGAUAAUGACACUGCAACAUCGGGUCUUGGUCCUGGAGACAAAUUGUUGUUUGAGGCAAAGAACCAUUACAAGUUGAACAAGAGCAGAGACAUUUCCACUCUAUUUGGUGCUCGGGCGCGCUCGCCCCCCGAGUCCGAGUCAGAAACUGCCACAACAUCAACAUCGGAAGAUGGAGUUCUGCUUCAGCUGCAGCUGCAGCUGCAACUGAGACUGCCGACAAGCGCCCGAGCCGGCAAGACAAAGAGGCCACGAGAAUUUACCUACUCGAGUAGGAAGACUGCAAAGCCCAAUCCUCAGAAAACAAUAAAUCGCUUCUUCUCGUAG